CUUUUUUUUAACCUCAGCCUUCAGUCCCUCCUUCACACCGUCUUCCCCUCACAGGCUCAGCGAGGCGACAGGUGCGAGUCUACCAACAGUCAGCCUCCGGGGGGCCUUCCCAGACAAGACGGAGCAUUGUGAGUGCGGGCCGCCCCUCCUCUCUUCCCUGCCCCAAUAUGCAUGUGUUUAUAUCAAGGUCUGAUAUCCAUUUUCCAUCGCACACUCCUGUAGCUCGGAGUUAUUUAUUUUUUUGCAAACAGGACACAGUUUCAAGGGAGCCGAGUGAUCCAUCACAGGUGUCCCGUCGGCCACUGAGAGGACGCACGCUCUGAUGAUGGUUGAAGAGAAGGAGAUGAAUCAACGGGUUGGGAAGCAAUCGGCACUCAGGAGCAUGGCCGCUAACGUCCACCACUACUAAAAAGUACUGCAUGAGAGCAGGAUUGUUACUUUCUGAUGUAAAUAUUUCUAGUCAUUCAACACCGAACUGAUUGUUCAUGUUUAUAUUCAUUUGAUCAUCGUGUGACUACAUGCCCGGUUUUCUCAGAAUUUGAGGGACUGUGAUGCAUAUACUCCUGCAAACAUUGUAACACAUUUUGGUUCAUUUUGAUUUCCCCUCCUUCUGACAAUGGUGAGCAAGGUAUCCACGUUAACAUCUGAUUUGAGUGAUUUUAAUGUGGAAUUGGGAAGGGGGAUUGGUCAGACAAAGACAACAGUGGAGUGUUAAGGUUAGGAAAGAGUUGUUGACGUGUGUUCUGUUCUUGUGUUGCGUUUUACAGUACAGCUCUUCUUUUACAAGUAUUUGACUGAUUUAAAGUAGUAAAGCAGUUAUUUUAAACACAGCCAUGAUGGUUUUCCAAGUCUGAACUAAGAAUUCUUUGCCUAAACCUGCUUAAAACGGUGGCAGUUAUCAUCGUUUUGUUUACUAUAAAUAACGGUAACUUACCGUUAAGUGACAUGUGAAAAGCUGUUUGACCAUGUUGAGCCUGUUUGUGUGAACCCUGUGUAAAAACACUCAUGUGCGUACCAACGACACAAGAGAGGCGCGUGCGUCAGCUCUGCAGAUGAAUUUGAAAGACUCCUGUGCCAAAUGUUGAAUGCAUAUUUAAGUGUAAGUUUUUGCUGCUCGCUGUUUUCCUGGCGGAGUCACCUGCCAGUGGCUUACAUCAAUCCAAAAAACAAACUAUAAAAAGCACACGGAUGUGCAACGUAAGGAUUUAAUCGUCCCUCAAGAUAUCAAAACAAUUCAAAGACUCUUUGACAUAACUUCCUCUUCAUUUUCUAUUUUUUGACUCAAAUGUUUUAAAUUUCUUUAAGCUUCCAAUAUGCCAGAUUGAAUAUUAUCAGUUUAUUCUGCCCCCCUGUGGUAUCAAACCAUGCAUCCUUGAAGCCUACAGAAUGUGUUCCAUCCUCGUUCCUCAUCAUUAAAAAACUGAGCCCCAUUUUAAACUUCUUCUUUUUUUCUCCUUUUACCCAGCAUUCACAAAUCGGGCAACAGCCUCCCUCCUGGCCGACGCUGCUGCACGGCGAAGAACCUUUGUUUUCCCGAUUGUUGCCAACCUUCUGGAAGCAAUUGCCAGCCCCAGCGCCAGACCCGGGCACCAGCUGGAGUAAAGGUGAGUACCUUGGUCCCUCAGGAGGACGGUAUCUCUGAUACCUUGCAUUGGACAAGAGUAAACCCUGCCAAACACCAAUCCCUACUUGACCACGUAACUCAGCCACGUUGUGUAACAGAAGUGGAGACACAGAUCAUAUGUUUCCAACGGCACAAUGCAUCUUCAAGAGGUAGAAUCUUGAUUUUAUAUAUGUCUGCAGUCAUAGAGUCCAGAGUGAACAGAAACCACCUUCAAAUCAAGUGUUUCCUGCACCGUGCCAAGUUUCUGAGGAAUCAAACUCAGCUGGUCUCUUUUCUGUGCAAGCUAUGGACAGCUUGGGCAACAGAUGUCCAACACAUCUAGCAAUAUGAAUGACUGAGCUAUGGUGCCAUGACGACCAACAAGAGGAAUAUUCCUAGCAGCUGAUAUCUUGAACCCAUGAAAUAGUAUUAAGCAAUAACUGUUGGUCACCUUGCUGCUAACAGUCCGACCAGACGGCAACCUCCGGUUCUGGAAAGUGAAGCCAAAGAGGAAGUUGCCUUUAACCUGCAUUCUCUCCUUUGGCCAUCAGGGGGCGCCUGCUCUGGUUCCAAAAAGAAGUCUGAUUGCAUGAAAAUAUACUGUACAUGUCAAUGCCCCUAUUUCUCACUUGAUUUAUUACAGUACACAUUGUAACAUGAGUUUAUGGUCGAAAGGGUUAGUUUCAAAAUGAGCAUGAUGUUCAUUUAGUAAAUAACUCUCCAAUUUGGAGUAAAUUGGGCUUUUCCCCAGUUAUGACAAAUACUGAUAUUUGUUGAAAUCAAAGAUAUAAUCAUUUACAUUGUGUAAGCGCUCCAGCUCAAUCUAUGCUUGUUAUGCUUAGAAAUACUGUCCAGGGCUAGUUAAAGACAUUAUAAAGCAUCUUGCAUUUCGACAUCAAAAUCAGAUCAUCCUUAUAUGAAAAAAACGGUAUCACAGUUUUAUACAACCAUUGAAUCAUUGACUCGAUAAUGAAUUGACUCAGUGGAGCUAUUUUCUAGUUCUGUGUCCUAACAGUGCCAGGUCAAAAUGUUUUUGAACUGAAGUGUUCUCCACAAAACAAUGGACUUUUCUUAUGUCCGGGUGUGGCUGUGGGCCGUUUAGAGAGAAAGUCCACAUAGGAUCUGGACAGAGGCUUCUUCUACAUGGAGCUCAGUGGAUGAAAGUAACAAAUUGUCCCAAAGGACUGCCUCUGUUCCACAGAACUCAAUCUUUCCUUACUGCUGUGAUUAGACCUCUUCCCUCUGGGUUUAUUCUAAGAAACAGCCCCAUAUCUUUCCAAUCAUUUAUUAAAUAUAUUAUGUUGUAAAGUAUAGAACACCAAACAUUUUGUUUCAGGCCAUAAUGUAUUUUCAUUUACUUUUUUAAGAAAGUUUUCCACAGAACAACGUCCAUUCCCCCUCAAUCUCUAACGAUGGCAGAUCUGCCACAACUGCAACGCUGUCAUUUCUUUCUCAACUAAAGAAAGAGAAAAAUGAACAACGAAAGAAUUACUAGUGCUAACCAUUACUCCAUCUGCCUGGAAUGCCGUGUGCUGAAGAAUCAUCACAUUUCACUAUUUAUAAAGCAAAAAUAGGUACCACGUGACUUUUCUCUAAACCAGGAACAAAAACAUUUGUGGAGCUUCUUUUACAGAUUGUUUUUCCCUGAAGUAUCAUGAAAGCAACCGAUGAUGUGCUGAGAGGGGAAGCAGGGGGGACAGAGAGCCAAGCAGCGAAACGGGGGGGAUGGUAGCGACUCGCUUUGGAGGAAAUCUGGAACCUAUAAACUUGGCCAACUUCUAUGACAAGAGACGUCACAACUGCUUGCUUUGGUUGGCUGUACGGCACACCUUUGUCUCCGCCUCGUCCCUUUGAUCGGACCAAUUGCUCAACGUUCGUUCUUCCUGUUGUCUUAAGCUCAGCUGUCCAAAAAGAGUCCUCCGGACCAAUCACUGGCUCGGAUGGGUGGGCAGCUGAAAAUUCUGUGGUUCCCUCCCUUUAAAAAGUCAGAUUCAGGUUGCAGUUGUCUCACAUGCAGCUAAAGAAGCGGGACGUGAGAGCCGUCCGGUUUGCCGAUGCCGUUCACCCUCACAGACGCCGUCGAAGAGGAUCGUUCACCGUUUCUUUUUUUCACACGUGUGGAAUAAGAAGCUCCGUGGCGAUCGAAGGCUGGGCUGCUGAUUACUCGCCUGUUUUGCUUGGCAUGUUCAGCCGUAACAAAGCAUAACGCCGGGAACUGUUGGAGAAGAAGAACAACACAGCACAAGGCCCCGGAGAAACAAGCAACGUCACAGGAGGAGUUCCUGAAGACGAACAGAAGAGAGUAAAGCUGCGCAGGAGAAGCAGAGGGGUAGUGGAGAGCUAUAUAGAAAAAAAGUAGUGGUAUUCAGAGAAGGAGUCCAGGGUAGAGAGUCACAUAAAGGAGAGAGGAGACAAAACGUGCCAAGCAUGAGAGAGGAGGAGCAGUCUAACGAGGACCACCCUGAGGGAGGGGUGGUUUCCAGCGAGGAGAACACGGUAAGACCACCUUCAAACACCUGUCCUGUUGUCGUGGCCACGCCGGGGGUCACCGGGCGUAAACGGCACACGGGCUCCCAUCCGGAGGAUCACGUUACCACGGUUACUCCCACAACAUCGGCACACAACGGCAAGACCAAGCCAGUGGAAGACAUCCAGAUCCACGCUCUGACUGGACCGAAAAGGCACAAAAGGAGUUCUCAGGAUCGGUCGCCUUCCUCGGGCACUUCCCUUUCUCCCGGCCCCGAUCCUAGUCCUGGAGAUCUUGAGGACCCACACGGCCAGCGCGUGAUCGCCAACAUCCGGGAGCGCCAGCGGACACAAUCCCUGAACGACGCCUUCGCGUCGUUGCGUAAAAUAAUCCCGACGCUCCCUUCUGACAAACUGAGCAAGAUCCAGACCCUUAAGCUGGCGUCGCGCUACAUUGACUUUCUGUACCAGGUUCUGCAGAACGACGAGAUGGACACGAAGCUGGCUGGAUGUAACUACCUGGCCCACGAGAGACUGAGCUACGCCUUCUCUGUGUGGAGGAUGGAGGGGGCCUGGUCGACCAUGUCUGCCGGUCACUAGCCCUGCCUCAAAGCCAAGGUUCGUCCUUUGACUGUUGUGGGGAAUUCCACACAACGGGGACUUUUUCUUACUAGAGACAGAGGGUUGAAGCUAAAUGUGAACUAUACGUGCUCACGAGUCGACCAUCUAACAUCUCAAUUUAGAUCUCGGUCCGAUUGCCUCCAGGAUGCAAAGGCUAUUUGAUACUCAAUCAUGAUCAUUUUGACAACUUUGAGUUUUAAUCGACUGACCACAUUAGGAGAUUUCUUCAUUGCCGAGCAACAUUUCAGAUGGAUUCUUAAAAUUCUAUUUUUUUGUUUUUGUUUUUGUUUUGCUUGCCAAAAGCAGCUAUUGCUGCUCAGGGGAGACAAUGACAUUGCUCAAAAAACUAUUCACAACAGGGACAUUUGGCUCAGUGUGUGGUUCCUGUUGUUUUUUGUUUUUUCACAACACCAUCUCUUCCUCAUCUUCAUAGGUAUGGCCACUUUUGAACAUCAUUUAAUACUUUUGUUUAACUUUAUUUUCUGCAUCUUGCUAGCAAGUGCAUACGCAGCUGCAAUACACACACAGAGUGAUUCAAGUCUGGACUGGAAAGACAAAUUGGAUGUUCCAAGAGAGAUUGGACCUCUGACUUUUCCGUCCCCUCUCAACCCCCCGCUUUGCCACGACUGACAUAUCAUGAAUAUUGGCCACCCCAGAACACGAGCGACGGUGGAAAAAGUAAACACGGGCAGCCGUCGUCUUGACUUAAGUUUCUCCUCUUUGUACCCAAACUUAAGCCCCUUUGUUUCUUCUGCUGCCAAAAAAACUCUCCUCUUGAAAUUCUUUCCUCUCGUUCUGGCCCAAAUUUGCCUGCGUUGCACGAAGCCGUGAUGCAGCUACAGCGAGCUGACGAGGAGGCGUAAUGAAAACAAACUGCCUCGAAAAAGCCAUGAAUCACGCGUGUCACCAUCAAAGGGGAGGCUGAUGUGGCUCCCCGCUGGGCUCCCAUAAACCACUGGAAGUGAUGGAGGAGGUGAGAGCUGAUUUAUGCACGCACAGACACACGCACACACGCACACAUGCAUAGGUGAAGCUGUGCGGUUGAACCGACGCACAAAAUAACAAGCACCUCCCUCCCUAUGUUUGAAAAAGAAAAAUAAUUUAUUCUAAAGUCAACAUCCAUAAUCGUCAAAUGAAAUAAAUAAAAACAAUUUCAACACAGAUUUUCCUCUUUACCUGCGAGGAUUUGCCUUCAUUUGUUGUAAACAACCAAAUUGAAUAGGAAGUUAAAGUUUUGUUUGUAUUUGAAACAAUCCCCUUUUUCCUUCACUGCCGGCAUGUGUGAAGCCGGCAUCGGCAGAAUGUGCUGGAGGUGGCUAAUGUUUCCAGCUCCAGACUAAUAAAGUUCUUUUUUAUAGUCGGCAGAGUUUGGUCCCCGGGGCCCAGCGUUCGUGGGCAUGUCAGAAGACCCUUGACAUUUUGAAAUCAUUCGCUUUUGGAGCAAAAGAGAAAUGGAGAGCCUGCGCUUUUUGUGUAUAAAGUAAAAGUGGCUGGCCAAAGGAAUCAUUUUUUCUUAAUGAUUAAAUAAAUAUUGUGUUCAACUUGUGACACCUUGAAAUUGUUGAAUUCCAUCUUGUUGAUUUUCAGCGUUGUAUGUCCAACAUCCAGUGCUGAUUAUAUCAGAUGUGGCUUUUAAAUGCCUGCCAGCAGUAACUAUCUUUUUUUUCUGUCUUUCCAGCUGCUGAAUAAAGUGACUGUGAUCUUCCCUGUACAUUUCUGCUCCAUGCUCCCAUUGCUGCCAUCCCAGUCGCAUGGACUUUGAUGCAAAUGGAAUUUUAAGAGAAAAGGACAAAUCAUAAUAUUCAAGAGGCUUCUUUGUGAGGAGGGAAAAAAGACGACAUUUCUGGACCGACUAAACAAUCAAAGAGCUUUGACUGAGAAUACGGAGAAAUUGAAAAUACAGGUCAAAUUGGAUCAGUUUCCUGCUUUUCCUUGUGGAUGUUAUUCUAAAAGAACUUCUAUUAUAGCUGUCACCACCAAACACUUAACCUGCACACAAAGCAACACUUCAAUUGCAGACAAUGAUUGGCGCAUUUGUCUCUUUUUCACCAGUUUAAAGACUUUUUUUUUUUUUUUGAAGGAGCAUUUUUACUUGAAGUUUAUAUAACGUGGUGCUUUACAAAAAACGGAUGCAGUGUGACUGUUAUAUAAAACAAGCAGAAAAAUCCCUGGAGAAUUACAUGUAGUGAUGCAUACGGCAUGUGAGUCAGUAUUUGAAUAAAACUGUCUUCCAACUAUU